UGUAACGUCUUCAUUAAAAAAGAUGGAGCAAUUAGCGCAGUUUGUAAAUAAAUCAUUUGAAUUCAAUUUAACUAACAAUCGGGUUAACAAUUUAUUCAACUCAAUGACCAGUGCUCGCAUCCAAAAACUAACCGAAGCGACUAAUUCGAUAUUAGUCAACUCCCAAAGAUUAACUCACAGUGGUUCCGUUGAAGUCUCUCCCAACGAUGAAGAAUCUAUGGAUAUUGAUAUUACUGAUAUAUCUGUCGCCGAGGACAGCAGUUAUGAAGAUGAGGCUAUUGCGUCCAAGCCGCUGUCCUUAGUCAAAAUUCGAACAAUCGAUCCGAAACCAAUUGUUUCCGUCGCUAAUAGUGAAGUUAUUCGAAAGUCUGAUGCCUCUAAGCCCAAAAACUGGCUAAUAUCUGAUCUUCUAAUAUCGGAUGCGGAUUCAGAAGAUGAAAGUAAAAAACAAACAUCAACUGUGAGCGAUCAAAAACCAUGCACUGAACACACAUGUAAGAACAAUAAUGAUAGCAAUCUUGAGUUGGGUCCUGCAUGUCCCGAUGUAAAUUGCAAAACAAAUAGCAAGUGUGUUAAGGAUAUUCCAUAUUAUGAUGCCGAAAAAUUAAAAACGUCAGCAACAAUUACAAUAAACCUAAACGAAUGUUCUGACGAUAGCAAUUCUCCAGACAUUCACUCAACUAAAGGCGGCGCUCCUUCAGAGAAAUGUGUUUCCCCGGAACCACAAGCAAGUGUAGGAGACAAUUUUGGACGAAUGGAAGCCUCAGGGCUUAGCAGUAAACAGAGAAGAUCUCGAACAAAUUUUACGCUGGAGCAACUAAACGAAUUGGAACGGCUUUUCGAGGAGACUCACUAUCCAGACGCCUUCAUGCGAGAGGAAUUGAGUCAGAGACUAGGUCUCAGUGAAGCACGAGUACAGGUUUGGUUUCAAAAUAGAAGAGCUAAAUGCAGAAAGCAUGAAAAUCAAAUGCAUAAAGGCAUUUUAUUAAGCAGUCGCAGUCCCCCAGUAGCCACUCCUCUAGAACCAUGUCGCGUGGCGCCAUAUGUCAACCUGGCUACAAUAAGGAGUACCAGUGCUUCUAUAAUGCCCUCUGCUGGAGGUAUAAGCAAUGUGCAGCAGCAACCUAGCAAGAGUGGAACUACUAUUGUUGGGAGUCGUGUUGCAUCGCCGUCGGCUGUGGCAACUGCAGCCGCAGAGCAUUUUACUGGCAGCGUUGCCGCUGCUGCAGCAUUCUCUGCCUUUGAUCCAGCCAUAAUCUCGGCAGCAGCACACCAGUACGCAGCAGCUAUAAGUAAUAGAAGUAGGCCCGCUGGACUUUUCCCACUGCCGCAAUAUCCGCUUCACUUAGCUGCAUUCGCCGCCGCCCACAAGAAUUCUAGUAUCGCGGAUCUUCGUAUGAAAGCUAAGAAACAUUCCGAGUCCUUAGGCCUUGAAACUGAUAUGGUUAUUUAGUACAUACUUUGCGCAUCGAAAUAGAUAUAGGCUAGACUAGAGUUGUCUAUUUUAA